AUGGGUUCUUUCCUUGGUCUUUUAUGGUCACAUUUUCAACCCUUUUGGUUUUAUUUGCUUGUUAUGAUUUCUUGCUUUAUGAUUGUCAAAGCCUUGAGAUAUCGCUUAUUUGAGAAGCCAAAACUGCCCCCAGGUCCAGAAUCAUGGCCAAUUGUUGGUACCAUUCCUGAAAUGCUAGCAAACAAGCCUGUAUUUCGGUGGAUUCACAAUCUUAUGAGAGAAAUGAACACCGAAAUUGCAUGUAUUCGCCUAGGGAAUGUCCACGUAAUCCCAGUGACAUGCCCCACAAUUGCCUGUGAAUUUUUUAGGAAACAUGAUGCUAAUUUUGCAUCAAGACCACUAACCAUGGCCACGGAUAUAAUCUCUAGUGGUUAUAAGACCAUAGCCAUUGUACCCUUUGGGGAACAAUGGAUGAAAAUGAGGAGAAUCUUCAUCAACGAUUUGUUCUCUCCGGUUAGGCACCAAUGGUUUCAUGACAAACGGAAUGAAGAAGCGGAUAACAUUAUCUUCUAUCUCUACAACAAAUGCAAAAAUGUGAAUUAUGGUGGUCUAGUGAAUGUGAGAAAUGUUGCACAACAUUAUUGUUGUAAUGUGAUGAGGAAAUUGAUUUUUAAUACAAGGUAUUUUGGAAAUGGUGGAGAAGAUGGAGGGCAUGGUUUUGAGGAAGAGGAACAAGUGGACGUGAUUUUCAUGUUGCUUAAGCACGUUUAUGCCUUCUCUAUUUCUGAUUAUGUCCCGUUCUUGAGGAUGUUUGAUUUGGAUGGGCACAAGAGAAUAGUAAAGAAUGGUAUGAGGAUCAUGAAGAAGUAUCAUCACCCAAUCAUUGAAAAGAGAAUGAAGCAAUGGAAUGAUGGAUCGAAUACCGUUGAAGAGGACUUGCUGGAUGUUCUUAUCUCACUCAAAGAUGUCAAUAAUAAUCCAUUAUUGACAUUGAAGGAAAUCGAGGCUUUGACAAUAGAACUAAUGCUAGGAGGAGCAGACAAUCCAUCAAAUGCUAUUGAAUGUGCACUUGCGGAAAUGAUUAACCAGCCAGAACUGCUUCAACAUGCAACUGAAGAAUUGGAUAAAGUUGUAGGUAAGAAAAGGAUGGUUGAGGAAUCAGAUAUUCCAAAGCUCAAUUAUGUGAAGGCUUGUUUAAGAGAAGCAUUUCGCCUUCAUCCCAUUAUACCUUUCAAUCCUCCCCAUGUUUCAACACAUGACACAGUGGUAGCCAAUUACUUCAUCCCUAAGGGUAGCCAUGUACUAUUGAGUAGACAUGGACUUGGAAGAAACCCAAAAGUGUGGAAUGAACCCAACAAGUUCAACCCAAAACGCCACCUAAAGAGUGAUGGAUCGAUGACUGUUUUAGCUGAGCCUGAUUUGAGGUUCAUAUCAUUUGGCACUGGAAGACGAGGUUGUCCUGCUAUCAUGCUUGGCACCACCAUGACCGUCAUGCUAUUGGCUCGGUUGCUCCAUGGCUUCACUUGGAGUAUACCUCCAAAUGUAUCUAGCAUCAACCUUGCUAAGUCUUGUAAUGGUUCUAUGCUUGCUGAGCCACUCGUGGCAGUAGCAAAGCCAAGACUAGCAACAGAAUUAUAUCACAAGCCUGUUUAG